AUGGACACAACUACUAUAGAGUCGUUAGCUAAUAGCUAAUAAAAAAAGCUCAUUUUGCAUUUUGAUAUAAAUAAAACACUUGUUUUAGCAGAUACUAGGUUGAGACACUCUAAAGAAGAUUCACUAAACUUAUUGUUGAGCAAAUAUGCUUGGGGUAGAAUAGAGUAAAAGGAUUCUGAAUCAUAUUGGAAAUUGGUUACAAAUCACUUCUCCUUUACGAAGCCAGAAGAAGAUCUUAUCUCCUACAAUUAAUAUAUUAGCUCUUUGCUUCCUGAAAUAACAGCAGAGCAAGAACCUACAUAGGAAAAGCGAGACGAAGAAAAUAAGAAAAUAAACAUGUAGAGAUAGUAAUAUUAUAAUACAUUUUGCAGAUCGAGCAGCCCAGGCAUGAAACUAAAGCCUGAAUAUGAUAGAAUUUUGAAAAAUAUAUGCAUUCCUGCUAAUGUGCAAGAAGAUAUAAAACAAUAGAUAGAAAAAUUAUCUUAGUAGCAGGGAAAGCAGCAACUUCCUGAUGCCAAUUAGAAUACUUAGAGGAUAUUUAAGUCAGAUUAAGAAUGUGUUUAUCCUACACCUAGCAAAUACCUUUAGUUUUUUUAAGAUGGAAAAUAUUAAAUACUUCCUGGGUUUUAUAGAAUGAUCAUAUAGCUUUUAAGACUUAAAAGAGAUUUCACUAUUGUUUUUCAUUCAUUUGCUGAUAACCUCUAUGAUAUAAUUGCAGAAUUUAAUUUAUUUUGUAGAGGUGAGCAUCCAUGCUACAAUGGUAAAAAUAACACUCCUUAAGUUAGAUUAGACGGAGUGAGAUCACAAAAGAACUUUAUAAUUAAUGAAAGAAGUAUGGGAUUAAUAUAUCGUUAUAAUGAAGAUGUAAAUGAAUCUGCUUUGGUUAUGGGUACUCUAAAAAGAGUUCCUAAAAUAAAAAAUUUAGAAGAUGAAUAUGAGAAGGAGUUAGAAGAAGAUUCUAUUAGCAUACAUAAAGGAGUUCAUACAAUUUACAGUUAUUUGAAAUAAAUGAGUUUAGAGAGAGGAGCAUUUGCACUUAACCAUGACUAUCAGUUUUGGGUUAAUAAUGGAUAAAAAAAUUAAUUCAGCAAACCUCUUUUAAUAGACUAAUAAAAUUUAGAUGCCUUACAUAUAUUCUUUGACGACAAUGUUACAGAAGGCGAUGAUUGCAUUAUAGAUUUGAGAGAUGCAGUCACAGGAUAGCAAAUACCAAUAAAGAAAUCAAUUGAUAAGUACUUAGUAACUAUUUCGAUGCUGGAUUUACUGAGGGAUCCUGACUAUUUGUUAAAGUGUAUAGACACUUGUGAAAAGAAAAGAGAUGAAGAAAUUUAUAGGAUUAUUAAUGGUAUUUCAGAAGAAGAAGUAAAAAAGCCUGAAAAAUCUAAAUUUUAACUGCUCUAAGAGUCAAAUAAAUCCGAAUAUUUAAGACACACUGUGUUACCACUUUUAUAUCCAGCAUUCUAGCUAGUUGAUAAGGAAAGACCUCAUGAUCCUAUAAGUUUUAUAGCCCUUUAUUGCUUAAAAAAUUAAGAUAAAGUAAAAGUUCCAACUCCAAACGAAGAAUAUUUAUAAGAACACCAAUAAAAGUAUAAAUCUUUGGAAAAAAUAGUUUAAAGUAGUUAGCAAGAAGGAUAAUAGAGUUUAAAUAAAUUAUGA